GAUAAUGUUGUCAAUCACCUGGGGCGGUUGCGUUUCCGCCUUGGUGGUAGUGCUGAGCACUUGACAACUUGAUGUGGAUGAUCUGAUCAGAAGGCGGACCUCAGCCCAGCAGAUAAGUGCUUUAAACUUCCUUGGCUGAGCCCAUCAAGUUGAGGGCUGGCGUGACUGCUCUGCCACUAGGACAGCCUUUAUGAUGUAGUUGAACAUAGAAAAUCAGAUCAAGAAACUGUACUGUCUAAAGAGAACAAUGUGCUAAAGUGCCUUCAUUAGAAAAGAAACAAGAGUUUUAAUUUGCUUUCAAAGGGAGGAUGAAUAGUGAGGAAGAGUUUUAUGAUGCUGUUACAGGGUUUGAAUCGGAUGAUUCUGAAACCAGAAUGGAUCCAAUGGUGUCAGAUGAUUCAUUGAGUUUGUUCGGUAAAAGUGAAAGCAGUGUAUCUGAUCAAAAUGCUCACAACAGAGAAUCAACCCAAGAAAAUGGAAUUAAGAAAUAUAGAACUUCUUUACCAGCUCCAAUGUUUAGUAGAAAUCAAUUAAGUUUGUGGAGUAUUUUAAAAAGAUGUAUUGGACUGGAAUUGUCAAAAAUUACUAUGCCCAUUAUAUUCAAUGAGCCUUUGAGUUUUCUGCAACGAAUUACAGAAUACAUGGAACAUACGUACCUCAUCCACAAGGCUUCUAUGCUUUCUGAUUCAAUAGAGAGAUUACAGACUGUAGCUGCAUUUGCAGUUUCUGCUGUUGCAUCGCAAUGGGAAAGGACUGGAAAGCCAUUCAACCCACUACUGGGUGAAACCUAUGAACUUAGAAGGAAUGAUUUGGGAUUUAGGCUUAUUUCUGAACAAGUUAGCCAUCACCCACCGAUCAGUGCAUUUUAUUCAGAAGGCAUUAAUAAGGAUUUCGUUUUCCAUGGUUCUAUCUAUCCAAAGCUUAAAUUUUGGGGAAAGAGUGUAGAAGCAGAACCACGAGGAACCAUCACACUAGAACUUAACAAGCACAAUGAGGCAUACAGUUGGACAAAUCCUUCAUGUUGUGUACAUAAUGUUAUAAUUGGCAAACUAUGGAUAGAACAGUAUGGAACAGUAGAAAUUGUGAAUCACAGUACUGGUGAAAAAUGUUUGCUACAUUUCAAACCCUGUGGGCUUUUUGGAAAGGAACUGCACAGAGUUGAAGGAUACAUUCAAGACAAAAGUAAAAGGAAGGUGUGUGUAAUAUAUGGCAAAUGGACUGAAUGUCUAUGGUGUGUUGACACAAACACCUACGAGGCAUUCAAGAAAAAUGAUAAGAAGGGUGGAGAGCAAAAGAAAUUUAAGGAGCCAGAAGAUGAUGUACGAACUGAAAAUGAUGAAGCUGAUGACAUGCCUGAAAUUCAGGAAACUGUACAAGUUAUUCCUGGAAGCAAACUGCUUUGGAGGAUAGCAGCAAGACCUUCUCACUCUACUCAGAUGUAUAAUUUCACUAAUUUUGCAAUGAUGCUGAAUGAACUGGAUGAGGAAAUGAAGAAUGUUUUAGCUCCAACGGAUUGUCGUUUCCGACCCGAUAUCAGAGCUAUGGAAAAUGGAAACAUGGAUAUUGCUGGUGCUGAGAAAGAAAGACUAGAAGAAAAACAGCGAGCUGCUCGAAAAGAAAGAUCCAAAAAUGAAGAGGAAUGGAGAACAAGGUGGUUUCGACAGGAUAUUAAUCAGCACACACGAACAACAGACUGGAUUUAUACAGGAAAGUACUGGGAAAGAAAUUACGAAGAUUGUCCUGAUAUUUACUGAGGAUUUUGUUCUUGAGUAUUGUUGAAUGUCGAUCAAAUGACUUUAACAUUUCUACUACUUCUAAAUCUUCUACCCUGGUUUUGUCUGUUUUGUUGUUUCUUUGUUUGACUUACACUCAAUCCCAGAAUCUCUAACUAUAAUGUUUAUGUGCAAUAACUGAAAAGAGGUUUUGGAAUAUUUCUCCCUGCUGUUCAUAUAUAAAUAAUACAAUGCUUAAAUUGUUUUGCUAGCAUUUCUAAUCUGACAUAAUUGGGUGCUACUUCCAAGAUUCAAUGAUUACAAUAGAAAUGUUUAGUGCAGUCUCAUCCUGUCUCUGCAUCCCCACUUCUACAAAUGGCUAAUGUGAAUUAUCCAGCUUGUUACUAAGCCACGCUGAAAGUUGGGGGGUAAUGGCUGAGAGGUGAGAGGGGGUCCAGAUUUGAUCCCUGAGGUUUGUUAAUUUUACCUAGAUAUGGCUGCUACAAACAGUUGUGUUUUACCAAGGUUAAGUAAGAAUAAGCUGUUGAAAGGAUUGUAGGAGUAAGGUGCUGAGGGUAUCACAGCCCAAAGCAAACCAGUGGUCUCUUGAUCGUUGGUAUGUGCAAAUGUAAAUGAUAGGUGAGGGCAAACAUAAGUGCAUAUGUGAAUCUACUUAUUCUGAAAUAUCCUGCCGACAGUCACUACAAAGGUUCACAGCUGAAUAAUGGCAACUUGGAUGAAGUAUCAGAGAGCAAUUAGUGCCCAGGUAACUAAACAAAAGUGUCUUCAUGAGAAAAAUGGAGGAAAUCUGGCAAAAUAUACAUUUAAACAUGCUUUGCUUGUGGCUAUGACUUGAAAACUAGGUACUUGCAUUUUAAAUGCUUAAUCAAACUAAUUCAAUAUACAUACAUCUGAAUAAAGAUUGCAAUUCUAUUAGAAUGGUGUAUAAUCUAAGCUUUCUAUUGAUUUUUUUUCCUAAUUUAUUUCCCAAGAAAUAGAACUUCACAUCAGUACAGAAAUGUUGAUCUGUACAAUAAAUGUUACAAUUGAUAUAGAUUUUAAUAAAUGUGUUGGGAGUGGGGAAAAAGAUUGGUUCAAAAAGUAGAGCUCCAUAAAUGACUUCUCAGUAAUUAGACUAUUGUAUUAAAACUUGUUAGAUGCUUUUCAAUGAACCUGUAAAUUGGUGAAGGCAGUUUAAUAAUACAUGGCUGUUAAGCAGCCUAUUACCAAAACAGUCCAGUGGUAUUGCACACCUUAUUGUCAAAAAUGUCUCUUAUUUUUAAAAAAAGCCCUUUGUUGAUUUCGUACUUGCAGACAUGAAUAAAUUUUCUCACUUCGGUUUUGGUGUUGCUUCUUUGAAAUUUACACUUCUAAUCUUCCAUGUGUUCCUUACCUGAAGUAUUGCUUUCGGUAUGAAUGGUUGUUUUUUGACUACCUGGAACAGCAGAAUGUUGUGUAAUGAAUUUCUGUUGUUAGUAAUGGAUAUCUUUGGCAAUAUGUCAGCACAUCAGUGUGAAAGGAUUCUUGUUUUACAAAUCUUAAAUUAAAGUUAAAAGAGUAAAAAUGUCAGUAGCCCACAGUCAUCGUCCAUUCCCUUUUAGUUCAACCGCUGACUCUCUGUGAGAGUUGCCAUUUGUUUUACCAGUAGCUGUUUUGCAUUAUGCACUAAUGCAUGUUUUGAGUGUUCCCAGAUAUGUACUCUUUUGAAAAUGUAUUAAUGCCAGGGGCUGCUUGCAUCAUUGUUUAUGUGAAUCAAAAAACAAAAAAGUGUAUCUGUGGAUAUUUUAAUGCCAAAGUGAUCUUUAUUUUAUCUAUGUGCUUACGUGUAGGUGUUCUGAAGUCAUGUUAAAAUAUUAUUUCAACUUGAAUUCACCGACAGUUUUGUGGAAUAGAAAAUCAAACUGUACAAAGAUAAAACCUACUUUCACUGGGCUUGAAAUUAUGGGAACUUUUGCUAAUAAAUUAGUGAAUUUUAUUUACUGUUGAUUGUUAAAAGCGAGCUAUAAACUAAAGAAAAGCGGUAGCAAUCCCAUAGUUGAGAAGGUCCUCUGUAAAUAACACAUUCAGUAACAAUUUUCAUGAGUACAGAGAUUGCUUUCUAAUUUUCCCUUGUUCAGAUCCUCCCAAAUUUGGCAUUUUUGUUUUUAUGUUGGGAGAGAGAGAAAAGCGGAGGUGUUCAGUUUCAAUUUCGAACCCUCUGCAUAUGCUUUGCACUUCCAGAAAAUGAUGGAGAAAGUGAAUAAUUUUCAAACACAUUUUAAGAACUGGGAAAUACUAAGUUUCAGCUUCCCAAGAGGAGUAUAGAUGUACUUUCAGGAAUUCAAGACAUGGUAAAAUACAGUUUUGUAUAAAAAAAACUCUUUGGACACAACUACCUGGGGAAAAAUGCAUAGAAACAUGCAUAAAUAAACAUAUGCACCAACCUAGGAGGUUAUAUCUAUAACCUGAUUAAUCUUUGGUGCUUAAUUUUGCUCUCAAUUGUAAAUGAGGUUUCUAGUCAGUUAAUUUGUUGUGCUUGAUUGUUAUGUUUAUGGGAUUGAGGUGUACAGGCGUAAAUUCAUCCAGCUACUGAUAUAUUUUCAGCAGUCAUUAGUAUUCACCUGUAUUGUGCUGGAUAACUGAACUAAAUAACAUUGUACAUGUUCCACGUAAUACUUUAACAGCUAGCAUUAUUUUGUUUUUUACCCUUCACAGCAACAUUAUCAAAAACUAUGCAAGUAUAAGAUGCACACUACUUCCAAAACAAAUCACAGCAGUGUAUAUUAUUAAUAUAUCAUUUUGUGUCCCAUGAAUUUUUUUGACCUUUUUAAUGCAUGAAACAUGGACGUUUAAUCAGAUCACAUACAAUUUCAGAAAUUAUUGAAUUGAAAUUGGUCAUUAAAUGCUAAACAAUUGAGAAAUGAGAAUACAGAGGUUGCUGACUGUUAAAUUGAAGUUUGGAAAGAAAACUGAGAUAUUGAAAGAGACUAUCUGUAUUUUUGCUGUCAAAUGAGCUGAAGUUUAAAACUACCAAAUAUGUAAUAUAGACUUUUAUGUUCCAAAAAAUAGUUCUAAUACUUUCAGCUAAAUAUUUUUAAAUAAUGCAGAAAGCAGUCUUCUGUAUUUGUGGUACAGAGUUAAAAUUAGGAUAUUAGUUGAUGCAACGUCUUAUGGUACUAAAGGUUUUAAAUAUACAAAGUAGUAGAGAGAAUUUGAUUUUUGGUAGUUAUUAACUCCAGUCUUAGCACAAAUAAUUCUUAAAAUAAUUCUUAAUUCUUCAAAUUAAACUUCUAAACCUUGUCCAGUUUUUAUACUUAAUUCAUUUUGGUAUGUGACAUACUCCAAAAUUGUCAAGACCUGAAUUAUGUUCAUAAUUGUUUUAUGGAGUAAUGAUUUUAGAAAAAGCACUAUUUCAAGUUCUAUGAUCUGACCCACUUUCCAUGCUUUGUAAAAAUUGGUUUACUUUCAAAAUUAUAAAUAUGUAAAUUGUAGUAGUCUCUAUAUAGUAUUUCUUAAAGCAAAAUAAUGUAAUUUCAACUCACUUGAUUGGGGAUGAUUUGAACUGUGUGAUUUUUUUUGUUUAGAAAGUGACUUUUUUUUGCUACCUAGUUUACAAACAAACAGUCUCGUACACUAUGAUUUGUAUUCCAUAUUGAGCUAUGAAAAGUCAACUGAUUUUGCCUUCUUGGAUAGCUGCUUCUCUGUUGAAUUGUUAAAAGUUGUCUCUUUGCCUUACUAAAUGUUGCAUGAAGAAUUUAGUUCACAAAAUAUGAACACUUGUGUAAAAUUGACUUAUUUUUAUAAUAUUUAAAUGUCAAGACCAUUAAUAAAGCUUCAAAUCAGUUGUAAUAUUUUUUCAAAGACUGCAUAAUUCUAAAUUAAUGUAUGUUAAGUCAAAAUGUAUAAAUAUUUACUUAAAAAUAAAUUUUUUUGAAGUGUGA